AUGCAUCAGGGCUCCGUCUUAAGCCCCUAUCUCUUCAGUGUGAUAUUAGACGAACUGUCAGCCACCGUACAGAAACUACCGCCGCCUUGGCUGCUUAUGUACGCUGAUGAUAUCGCACUGGUAGAUGGGGACAAAGGACCGCUCACCAGACGCGUGCACGCAUGGAGGGAGGCGCUUGAGAACGGCGGACUGAAGCUAAACGUGGCGAAGACGGAGUAUAUGGCCUGCAACAGCACAGAUCUUACGUCUCUCCGUAUAGGCGACGACACCGUCGAACGCACGGACAACUUCAGGUACCUCGGAUCUGUGCUUGAUGCGUCCGGGGACAUCGAUCGCGUCAUCAAGGCCGUACCGGCCGGCGAAAUGGCGUGA